AUGGACGGUAUUGCAGACGAAUCUCAAGAGGGGCUAGGAUAUGAUAUGCCGCCACAUAUAUUCGCCAAUUAUGGGGUGUCAGGGGGCAGUCCGUUUAAUAGUCAGCCCGGUCCAGCAGCCCAGGACGAUGAAAGAAUUGAUGGCGAUCCCAAACGAAGGAGGAUUGCAAGGGCUUGCGAUAUGUGCCGCAAGAAAAAGAUAAAAUGUGACGGGAAGAUGCCCAAGUGUUCUCACUGCAUCAACUACAAGACCGAAUGUAUUUUUACACAAGUAGAGAAGAAGAGGAAUCCACCCAAAGGUGCCAAAUAUAUCGAAGGAUUAGAAAAUCGAAUGAGGCGACUAGAAGGGUUACUGAAAAUGGCCGGAUUAGCAGACAGCGAAACUGACCUCCCUUCGAUUGAACGUCGCCUACAACAGGCCCAGAACCAGCCGACCCAGCCUAGUGAUCACGUCCAUUCUGCUACCGUUCGCUCUGCCCUUUCGACCGCCGAGAAUACUCGCCCAGGCUCAUUACAUUCAACUCCGCCGAUGGAUUCGAAUUCAAGUUCAAGGGCAACUGACUCGCCCACUUCACAAGAGGUCAAAGAAUACGAGGUUGAAGCUUUGUCUGAUAUGAUGUGCUCCCUUGCUGCUUAUAUUGACGAUAACAAAUGGUUGUAUUGGAAGCCCGAGAUUUUCAGUGACAUUUUCGCGCGCCGUGUUUUCAAGCCAUUGCCUCCAAAGGAUGAAGCUUUGUCGCUUUUCCGAGAUUUUUUCGACAAUUUUAAUUCCUUAUUACCGCUGUUUCAUGAGCCCACUUUUAUGCACCUGGUUGAGCGUCAAUACUCCCGAGACCCUUAUGAGGGUUCAGGGUGGUGGGCCAGUAUAAACGUUGUUUUGGCAAUCUCCCACAGACUUCGGGUGAUGAGCCACCUCGUUCCCCAAGAAGAGGAUAAAAAGGCUUGGCUGUAUUUAAAAAAUGCGAUGGGUGUUCUGACGGAACUCACAAUGCGCAACACAGACUUGUUGAGUGUUCAAGCUCUUUUAGGAAUGUCUUUUUUCUUGCAAGGCACGCCUAACCCACAGCCAUCAUUCUUCCUAGUAGCAGCCGCAAUUAGACUUUCGCACAGUAUUGGUCUUCAUAAGCGAGGCUCGCUAUUCAAUUUGAACCCGGUCGAGGUAGAGCAACGAAAAAGAGUAUUCUGGAUUGCUUACCUGCUGGACAAGGACAUCUGCCUUCGGUCCGGAAGACCUCCUGUACAAGAUGAUGAUGAUAUGAGCGGCGAGCUUCCCAGUGAAGUGCCCCCCGAUAACGUUGGAAUACUACCUUUGUCCUCUGGUGAAGGCCAAUUCAACAUAUUUAGAGUGAUGUGUCGGUUUGCCACAAUUCAAAGCAAGGUCUACAAGAGGUUAUACUCCACCAAAGCCUCCAAACAAACUGACGGAGAGCUCUUGAAUACUAUUGGCGAACUAGAUAAGGAAUUGGAAGAAUGGAAGGAAAGCAUACCGAUCGAGUUCCGCCCUGAUUAUGAAAUCAAAACAAAACACACUUCUCUCAUACUGCACCUGAUGAUGGGCGACUUUGCUUGUGUCUGGUUGGUUUUAUAUUAUCCAGUUUCUGCCCUGGUCACUCUUUUUGCGAACAUUUUACAGAACCCACAAGAUGCUCGCGCUCGCUCAGAUAUUAAAUUAAUGAACCUCGUGGUCAAUUUCUUGUCCAUGCUGGUUACAGAUGAAUCCAAUGGAAGUGUCAGACGAAUGUUGAGCGUUUGCGCGGAAUUUGAAAGAAUUGCUAGAGUAGUGCUUGACAAGGCGGAGAAAGAAGCGCUUUCCAAACGCAAACGCAAGGUCACAGUACCAGAUGGUGCGAAUAUCAACAACCAUGGCGUCGAUUCCUCGAACAGACCAGAUGCUACAGCUUUCAACCCCGAGAAAUCUGCCGAUAUCUCUUCCUCUUUCUCUCCAAUGGCGCAGCAACAGAGCACCGAACACGUGAAUAUGUGUGCUCCAGAGAUCGUAUCUCCCAACUCUAAUGAUAUUAUGACUAGUGCUUUUGGCGAAGUCCCGAGUGUAGGUGUACCGUCUGGAUUCAACCCGGAGGUAACCUUUGCGGAUCAGGCUGCCAUGCAAGCAACAACAACCUCCCCGAACUCUGAUGGACAGUUUCUACCUUUCCAGCAACCCUUCGUUCCGCAGGACCUUUGGCAAAUGCCAAUGACUCUGGAAUGGGAUUGGGCAGACUUUUCUACAGUUAAUCUACCGAUUAUCGAUCAACAAGACAUGUUCCAAACAGCGAUGCAUAACGGAAUGUGA